UGUCCCGAAAAGACAGGCUUUUCUCCUCAUUUCCCUGGUCUACUCGCCUUCUUCUUCGGUUCUUCCUCCCCGACCCGGAGCACGAGCAGCCAGUCCCGUCCCGUCGUCUCUAACCCUACAGCGCCGCCGACGACGAGGCCAUGAGGGGGAAGAAGCCGCUCAAGGAUCUCAAGCUCUCCGUGCCGGCGCAGGAGAGUCCCGUCGACAAGUUCCUGACGGCGAGUGGCACAUUCAAGGAUGGCGAACUGCGGCUUAAUCAAAGCGGCUUGCGGCUUAUCUCCGAGGAAAAUGGGGAUGAAGAUGAAUCAACAAAGCUGAAAGUUGAAGAUGUGCAGUUAUCGAUGGAUGAUCUUGAGAUGAUUCAAGUCAUUGGUAAAGGAAGUGGUGGUGUUGUCCAGUUAGUGAGGCACAAAUGGGUGGGGACAUUGUACGCCUUAAAGGGUAUUCAAAUGAACAUUCAGGAGUCAGUUCGCAAACAAAUAGUACAAGAGCUCAAAAUAAACCAGGCAACACAAAGCCCUCAUAUAGUUCUGUGCCAUCAAUCUUUUUACCACAAUGGUGUAAUAUAUCUUGUUCUUGAGUACAUGGAUCGUGGAUCCCUUGCAGACAUCAUUAAGCAAGUGAAGACAGUUCUGGAACCAUACCUUGCGGUACUCUGUAAGCAGGUCUUGGAGGGUCUAUUAUAUCUUCAUCAUGAAAGGCACGUGAUUCACAGGGACAUAAAGCCUUCUAACUUGUUAAUCAACCGUAAAGGGGAAGUCAAGAUUACUGACUUUGGGGUAAGUGCGGUGCUAGCAAGCUCAAUGGGUCAGCGAGAUACAUUUGUUGGAACCUACAACUAUAUGGCGCCUGAACGGAUUAGCGGAAGCUCAUAUGACUACAAGAGUGAUAUAUGGAGUUUGGGCUUAGUAAUACUUGAGUGUGCCAUUGGGCGGUUCCCCUAUAUACCUUCAGAAGGAGAAGGUUGGUUAAGCUUUUAUGAACUACUGGAGGCUAUUGUUGAUCAGCCACCACCUUCUGCACCUGCAGAUCAGUUCUCUCCAGAAUUCUGCUCAUUUAUAUCCUCCUGCAUACAAAAGGAUCCAGCUCAGCGGAUGUCUGCUUCAGAACUCAUGAACCACCCUUUCUUGAAGAAGUUCGAGGAUAAGGAUCUAGACCUGCGGGCUCUUGUGGAGACCCUGGAACCUCCAAUGAAUAUACCCGAGUAACCCUGUCGUCCCCUUCGGCAGCAGGCAUCAGCACAUAUUCUCCUGAACUGCAACAUCCACAUGAACAUGCCAGAACACCAUCGUGUGGUCCAAAUCCCUAUUGACAGUUGAUCACAGGAAUAUAGAGGGAAUCGUGCUUUGUUCCUUCUUGUCGCCAUUAUUGUAGGCUUUGUAGCUAUUGUUGCGACGGUCGUGUUUUACCUUGUGAGUAUGAGUAAGGGAUGAGUUGAAAUAUUCACAGCAUGCUUGCCAAUAUGCUGCGAGGACUGCACCGCCUUUUACCGCAAUUUGACCUCAAAACGUCAUUUAUGGGUAUACUCCGUAGGAUUGAAUAGAGUAAA